AGGCCACCGCGGAUUCAACAAGUUGCUAAUUCAACAAGUUUCUAAUUCAACAAGUUGCUAAUUCAACAAGUUGCUAAUUCAACACAAGGAGACAAGAAAACAUGGGUCAAAGAGAAAGCUCAACUACUACGGAAACCAGCAGCGCAGAAACGAUUGAGGAAAUUAAUGAUCCAAAGGAGAGAAGACGAUCCCAACAUUUGAGACGAAGCAGCAGAGCCGUAGAACUCAAAAAUGUGGAUGAGUCUGGAGAGACAUCUCCCAAGAACAAAGGGAGAAAAAAGAAGGAGAGCAAUUCAAAGAGAAGAAGGCAUUCCCGACAGAGAUCGAAGAGCGUAGCCGUGGAUCUCAAUAUGUUCGAUACCAAUGAACGGUCAAAAGACAAAACCAAAAUGAGAGAAGUCAAAAGUUUGGACGAAACCAGCAGGCUCUCAAGACUUCGGGCCAGUUUCAGUGGAGGUGGGUGGAUGAAGAACAAAGGCCGAGGGUCCAUAACUUCCGAUCAGACAAAACAAAAGAAGAAAGACUUAGGAGUCAAAUUUUGGGAGGAUGACAGCAGGCCCGGAUCGCCUCUGGUCAGUUUUAAUUUAGAUGAGAGACGCCAAUCCCGGCAGAGAAGGAAGAGCAAAGACCGCCGUGAUUCAAAGUCUGUAGGUCCAACCUCAGAGACGAAGCAAAAGAGCAAAGCGCGGAGAGCCAAAAGCAUGGGGGACAUCAGGACGCCGGGACGUCGUACGUCCCGUCUCGAUUCGAUUGAUAAAACCCAGCAGCGACGGAGGUCAUCACAGGGUCAAGACCCAGACAAGAAAUCGCCAAAGGAGAAGGCAAAAACGACCAUGUUCAAUACAUUCCAAGCACUCAGACUGAUCGACGGGCAACUUGAAAGACUUGCGAAAAAUGAGGAAGGCCUCCUCGUGUUAUCCAAAAACAUCCAGAACUUAAAGAACAAAGUCAAGACAAUGAGGAGUAGCACUACAGAGAGGCGAGAUAAGCUGUGGGACAAGUUUGAGGACUGGCAGAAACUGAUGGAGGGUUUUGAUUACCCAAUCGCGCACCUUGGAGCCAUGAUGAACGUCGACAUGAAUUUUCUGAAAAGGCUCAAGUACUUGGAUUACGUCACAGCUCACUUGGACACCCUCAAGGAAAACUGCCAAAAACUGGAGAAGGAAAAAGAAAUGUCAGAGGAGAAACACCAAGAAGAACGACAGAAGCUUCUCAAUGAAAGGACCAAACUGGAAAACGUGCAAAGCGGCAUCGAAGACAUGUUUCCUUCCAUAAGGAGGAAGAUGAGGAGAAAAGAGAGAGAAUUGCACUUAAGCACCACGGGAACAGAGACACAAUCCCACUACGAAGCUUCCAAGAAGCUAUCAAAGCUGUUGUCGCAAAUUCACACAUCAUUCGCACAUUUAGGAAAGAAUUUCCAACCCUCAUCAGUAUAAUGUCAUUAAAGUACACUUUCCACACAUCCCUAACAAACCUUUUCCACGGCCAACGUCUGAUGCGUUGCAGGUUCUGUGAAAUUAUGAGAAUCUGCAACUCGUGAUACAUCUGCAUCUUCCAUGAAGAAAAAAAUAAUCCAACACUUAGUUGUUGGUGUGGGUUUCACUGGGUGAGCCAGGUUUAUCCCACAUGUCUCCAUCCCUUUUAUUGAUCUCUGCCAUGAGGAAGAAGAUGAGGAGAAAGGAGAGAGAAUUGCACUUAAACAACAAGGGAACAGAGACACAAUCCCACUAUCUUUAAUCUUUAUUAAGGACAGUGCACAUUAAUGAACAAUCAACACUACUGUAUAGACUGUAAAUAAGCCAGAUUAUAGCAUAAUUGCUAAUUUCCAUCUGUAGUCCUAGACAAGGAGACCCAAACAACAAAACAACAGUUUCAGGUGUUUUUUAAAAACAUUAUAGGUGGAAUACUCUCUGAUCGGAGCCGGCACACUGUUCCAGAAGUGACUCCCUCUGACUGACAGAACCGUUUGCCCAAAUGUUGUUUUCCUGUAAGGGAUUCCAGGUCUCCUCUGGAAGACGCCCUGGUGCCAAGACCUCGCUCGGCUCUUUGCUUAAAAUAUAUAGCAAGCAGAGGUGGAGCGAGUCCAUGAAGAACUUUUUAAAUAAGGCAACUGUUUUUAAAAUGAAUAAAGUUUUCAAAGGUUUUAAUAAUGUAUCUCCAGUGAGUGACCAAGUUGUGAUGCAGUGAUCUGUGUGUGAAAAUACCACUGAGUGCAGGAACAUUUUUGCGGAGUUAAUUGUCAUUGAUGGUCUGAUUUGUUUAAAGUUACUCAGAUUAAAUUUGAUUUUAUCUGCUGUGAGUUUAAUGUGUUUUUUAAAGGACAGUGUUGGAUCCAGUGUGACCCCGAGGUACUUGAACUCCUGCACAAGGUCAAGCUCUGUUCCCCCCAGGAACACAUGGGA